AUACACAGUCAAGGGCACGCCGGUAAAUACCCCGGAUGUGAUAGUCCAUGUGCAGUCUGGUCCUCGGUUACUCCACACCGUCGUUCUCUCCUCUCUGCUACCGUGCAGAAUUUAUAUCACCUUGUAGCAGCUUCAAGCUCUCGACAGGACAAACAUGUUUCGUCUACCUACACUCAUGAAGCAGGCGAGGCCUGUGUGUCGAGCUCUGGCCCCUCACCUCACUCGAGCCUACGCCAAAGACGUCAAAUUUGGUGCCGAUGCUCGGGCACUAAUGCUUCAGGGCGUCGAUCUGCUGGCUGACGCUGUGGCUGUCACCAUGGGGCCUAAGGGUCGCACCGUCAUCAUUGAGCAGAGCUGGGGCAGCCCCAAGGUCACCAAGGAUGGCGUGACGGUGGCCAAAAGCAUCGACCUGAAGGACAGGUACAAAAACAUUGGUGCCAAGCUGGUGCAGGAUGUUGCCAACAACACCAACGAGGAGGCUGGCGACGGCACCACCACUGCCACCGUGCUGGCCCGCGCCAUCGCCAAGGAGGGAUUUGACACCAUCAGCAAAGGAGCCAACCCUGUGGAGAUUCGUCGUGGAGUAAUGAUGGCAGUGGAAACGGUCAUUAGUGAGCUGAAGAAGCUGUCCAAGCCCGUCACAACUCCAGAAGAGAUUGCACAGGUGGCCACAAUCUCAGCCAACGGGGACGUGGAAAUUGGUAACAUCAUCUCUAGUGCCAUGAAAAAAGUCGGCCGCAAGGGAGUCAUCACCGUUAAGGAUGGAAAGACUCUCCACGAUGAGCUGGAAAUCAUUGAGGGCAUGAAGUUCGACCGUGGAUACAUCUCACCUUACUUCAUCAACACUUCCAAGGGUCAGAAGUGUGAGUUCCAGGAUGCAUACGUGCUACUAAGUGAGAAGAAGAUCUCUAGUGUUCAGAGCAUUGUACCUGCUCUGGAAAUUGCCAACCAGCACCGCAAACCUCUGGUUAUUGUCGCUGAGGAUGUGGAUGGAGAAGCUCUCAGCACACUGGUUCUCAACAGGCUCAAGGUUGGACUGCAGGUGGUUGCAGUUAAAGCCCCAGGCUUUGGAGACAACCGCAAAAACCAGCUGAAGGAUAUGGCCAUUGCCACAGGGGGCACUGUAUUUGGAGAUGAAGCAGUUGGCCUGGCUCUUGAAGACAUCCAGGCUCAUGACUUUGGCAAGGUUGGAGAGGUCCAGAUCACAAAAGACGACACCCUGCUCCUCAAGGGUGGCGGCAGCCCGGCCGAGGUCGAGAAGCGAGCAAACGAGAUUGCAGAGCAGCUGGAAAACACCACCAGUGACUACGAGAGGGAGAAGCUGAAUGAGAGGCUGGCCAAGCUCUCAGACGGAGUGGCUGUGCUCAAGGUUGGAGGAACAAGUGACGUGGAGGUGAACGAGAAGAAGGACAGAGUGACCGACGCUCUGAACGCCACCAGGGCUGCCGUGGAGGAGGGUAUCGUCCUUGGUGGAGGCUGUGCUCUGCUGCGCUGCAUUCCAUUGCUCGACACCAUCACCCCUGUCAACGAAGACCAGAAGAUUGGUAUCGACAUCAUCAGACGGGCGCUGCGUAUUCCCGCCAUGACCAUUGCAAAGAACGCAGGCGUGGAGGGUUCUCUGGUGGUGGAGAAGAUCCUGCAAGCAUCGCCUGAAAUUGGCUACGAUGCCAUGCAGGGAGAGUUUGUCAACAUGGUGGAGAAGGGAAUCAUCGACCCCACCAAGGUGGUGAGGACAGCACUUCUGGACGCUGCAGGUGUAGCUUCUUUGCUGUUCACCGCUGAGGCCGUUGUCACGGAGAUUCCCAAGGAGGAGAAGGAGAUGCCAGGAGGAAUGGGUGGUAUGGGUGGAAUGGGAGGAAUGGGUGGAAUGGGUGGUGGCAUGGGAUUCUAAGUCCACCCAACCUCCUGACUUGUUGCUGUACAGACUCGAUGGGCAGAGAGAAGUUGAACGUGGGGAAAACCUGCCUCCACUAAUGUCCUGCUCAGACCAACUGGGGCAUCACUCUGCCCUGCCCUCUCAAAAAAAAAAAAAAAAAAAACUAUUUAAGUCUCCUGUCUGUGUCUUUGG